UCGACAAACCAACGUGGCUAAUUUUGUAUGCCAUGUCUGAGAAGUGAGAGGUAUUUGCAAAGCAUAAUUUGCGAGCAGAAUGCUUCCAAGGCGUUGUGUCGUGCAAGAUUGCGACAGGGUGGCCGACAAACAGUUAGGAAUAUCUGUCCAUACCUCUCCUGGUACAGGAACCGAGCGUGCCAUGUGGAAAAGAUUCGUCAGCCAGCAUAGAAAGCAUUUUAAGCCCAAAGGGACAUUUGGCAUUUGCUCACUUCACUUUACCAACGACUGCUUCACUCGUUCGGUACAUAUAAAAGGGACAGAGAGACGACUAAAGCCGGGAUCCGUCACAAGUAUUUGGAAAAAAGGAUCUGUUUCCCUUAGUGAAAGAACUCGUCGUCGGAUAACUCCAUGUGAAUCAUGCAGGGCAAUGAAAGCAGAAUUGACUCAGCUGAAAGCUAAGAUGACCCGGUUUAAGAUUAAACUUUCCUCCAACCAAGAGCAGUAGGUUCAAACAUUCAAAGUAAUUCUAGAGCA